AUGGCAAUCGGAUCGAAAGGCAGGAAGACAACCCUCAUACCUUUGACGCCACAAGAAGUCUACCAGGAUCAAAUGCAGCUAAAGCAAAAGACAAAGCCGCCUACUAAAGCAUCUAACUUCUACCUGAGGGCUGGUGAUGUCAAAAGAUCUCUUAGUUCUAACCAACCGGUUCUUUUAUUUGUGUUUAAGGAGGCUCUCACCAAUAUGACUAACCUCACACCGGUUUUGCCGAGUAAAAUUCAAACUCUUUUGCAGGAAUACAAUGAUGUCUUCCCUGAAGAUAAUCCUAAGGAGUUACCUCCUUUUAGAGGCAUUGAACAUCAGAUUGAUUUCAUGCCUGGUGCUUCAUUGCCUAAUCGCCCUGAUUAUAGAACCAAUCCGGUUGAGACAAAAGAGUUACAAAGACAAGUCGAUGAACUAAUGGAGAAAGGACACAUAAGAGAAAGCAUGAGUCCCUAA